GCAAACCCUGUAGAAUCAGACUCGACACAAUUUUUCGCCCCAGAGAAUUUAGAAGAAAGUCCCAUCACGUGCAAAAAGAUGUCCUACGCGGACGCAGUCAUAGGCCAUGAGCUCCACAACUUCUUGGGCGGUAAGGUGAUCGAACACACCACCGCCGCCGGUGAGAUUCUGGCACUCAAAGUCAAGACCAGAUCAGGUCUGCAACGCUCUGAGGCCGACUUGAUGCAUUACGCCGCUUCUCAUGGUGUGCUUGCCCCGAAAGUUCGCGGUGUCUUUGACGUCCAAACCAAGCCGAGGGCGAGGGUCAUGGUCAGUGAGCGUGUGCCCGGAGUGCCUCUUGCCCAAAUAUGGGAGACCGCUUCCGAGUCCGAGAAAGCAAGCUAUAAAGAUCAGCUCCGAAUUCAGCUGAAGAGAAUGCGCGACUGUACGCAGCCAUUUAUUGGUCGCGUAAAGAUGUCUGGGAAGCGGAAACAGACUUACAAUAUCUACGAUCGCCUCCGCACGACGUAUUGUGGGCCAUUUGAGACCGAAAAUGAAUUUGACGACUGGUGCCUGGCCCGUGUGCUUCCGAAAGUCGGCCUUCUUUCUCGGUACAAAUGGAAGCGCUUUAUCGAGCGGGAGCAACAUCAUGCUUCUGGUAGAUUCGUCUUGACGCAUGGAGACCUAACGCCACGGAAUAUCAUGGCGCACGACGGCAAAAUCACGGGGAUUAUCGACUGGGAGAGAGGCGGGUUCUUCCCUGAAUACGCUGAGUACAUAUAUGUAUGCAUUUGCUAUGGCGCUGGGCCAUAGUAUUGAGGAUUGGUGGUUGCCAGUGCUGAAGGACAUCCUGCAACCUUGCUCUGAGCAAAGAGUCAAGUUGACGAGACUAGUGGAGAACAAAGGGUGGUAGAAGAGACUUCUGGAAAUUGUGUUGCCUAAUACAGCAGUAGAUUACACAGAUUUCUGAGCCGGG